AUGCGUUUUCACUACGCUAUUGUAGCAGGUCUCGCUACUCUUUCGUUCGCGGCUCCGCAGGCUGAAAUUCAAGGUCAAAUUGAUAGUGCUCUUGCUGAAAUCAAUGCAAAUACCAAUGGAAAUGGCAAUGGAAACGGCAACGGAAACCCAAACGGCAAUGCCAACGAGAAUGGAAAUAGCAAUUCAAACAGCAACAGCAACACCAAUGUCAAUGAAAACACAAACGUGAAUAUCAAUGAUAACGAGAAUGGGCAGCACAGUUCCAAACCCGUCAAGCCAACUUCUGAAAAACCACCACAAACUUCUCAUAAACCUCCACCAACCUCUCAGAGACCUUCCACAACGACCAUCAGAAGCACCAUCGAUAUCACUUCUACCAUAACAAUCCGUCCAACCAGCACCGUUCAACCCACAACUCGAUCAAGUUCUUCAUCUGGCUCCUCAGCCGGUACUAUAUCGGGUAUUACAACCAGCCGAACAUCAACUUCUAGCACCAGCAGAAGCACCUCUGAGUCGUCUUCAAGAACUUCUAGCACUUCCAGUACUUCAAGAAGCUCUUCUUCUUCUUCUUCUUCUUCUUCUUCUUCCAUCUCUUCCUCUACCUCUUCCUCUUCCUCCUCUUCCUCGUCAGGCACUGGAACCGGCACUCGAUCUGGUCUCACAACCAGUCGUGAAAGUUCCAAAACCGGUAGUGCUACAGGUGGAAGCUCUGGCGUCGUCACUACGACUUCUCCUCCACCAGUUACCACCGCUACCAACACCGGAAGCGGAACCGGUGGCAACUCCGGCAUCGUUUCUACACCCACAACCCAAAUUGUGCCUCCUCCCCAAACAACCACAAAUGUUGUCCCACCUCUCAUCCCAACCACAAAUGUGGUUCCCCCUCCUCAAACAACCACAAAUGUUGUCCCACCACCUCUCAUCCCAACAACCAAUGUGGUCCCUCCACCUGUUGUAACCAAUACUGGUACUCAACAAGGCAACGUCGUUCCACCACCCAACACCAAUUUCCCCGAAAUCACCAUCCUCCCCGUCCUCACAACAAUCACCACCGUCAACCCACCCAUCACAACCAUUACCUCCAUUCCCAUUGCCCCCAUUUUCCCUAUCGUUCCUCUCACCAUCUCAGCCAACAACAGAGUUCAAACCGUCCAAGGUGUCGAAAUCACCGUCAACAGCCAAGCCACUGUUGUACCUGCCACAGAGGGUCCCGUCAAUAUCGUCUCUACAACCGUUGUCUCGGGACUUACCCUCACGACUACAAUUCCCGCUGGUGUCAUUACCACCUUUACAUCUGCCGGGCAAACAUUCACAACCCUGGCUCCUGGAGGCGGACCUGCUGAAACUAGUGCUGGAGCUAUUCUUGGACAAUUUACCGGUGGUGCUGAGAGAUUUAAGGCACUUGAAGGCGGUGCUGUCAUCGGAAUUGUUGGCUUUGCUGUUGGAGGAUUAUUGUUACUUUAA